AUGCCAGAGUCACAAGGACAUCUGCAAGAAGAACUGUAUUCACGGGAGAAGGAGGAACAGCUCAAGAGGACAUGCAUGCUGCAGGCAGGAAAGCUGGUGAAUUUUAAAGUGAGGAGCACUCCCAAGGACUGGGACAGGGGUCCUGUCGAGUGGCUUACCCAGAUGGAUGCCAUGGAACUGCUCUUCUUCCUCAUGCGGAAAAGAGUAAGAGCAACGCUGCCUAGUGAAGGUGUUGCCCCAUCCCCAGCUGAUGUAGAGCACAGUCCUUAUCCUACGCUGCCUAGUGAAGGUGGUACCCCAUCCCCAGCUGAUGUAGAGCACAGUCCUUAUCCUACGCUGCCUAGUGAAGGUGGUACCCCAUCCCCAGCUGAUGUAGAGCACAGUCCUUAUCUUACGCUGCCUAGUGAAGGUGGUGCCCCAUCCCCAGCUGAUGUAGAGCACAGUCCUUAUCCUACGCUGCCUAGUGAAGGUGUUGCCCCAUCCCCAGCUGAUGUAGAGCACAGUCCUUAUCCUACGCUGCCUAGUGAAGGUGGUGCCCCAUCCCCAGUUGAUUCAGAAGUGAGUGUGGCAGGGAGGGUGACCAGGGUUUAUGACACAGGCGCUGGAGUGCCUGAAGCUACCAGUGGAGUGCUCAUUUAUGAGAGCUUGCCACCUUUGACUCAACCUAUAACUCCUGCCUGGAAAGGGCCGCUGGAAGAUGCCAUUGAGGAUGAGGACGAAGAGUAUGCAUCAGAGGAGGCAGAAGGCAUCGCAAAAGGGGACUUUCCACUGGAGGGAAGCUUCCCAGCAGACUUUGGGCCAGAAAAUCUGAGCUGCGAAGAAGUGGAGUUCUUUUGUAACAAAGCGGAUGAUGAAGGAGCCCAGCAGCCAGCAGAAUCAGAUGGAGACAACCAUUCUGAGAAACCCGGGCAGCCUGGUGUAGACACAGAUGGCUGGGAUGGCCCAGGCGAGCUGGAAACCUUUCAGAGAGACGGGGAACGAAAAAUUCAGAGUCGGCAGCAACUUCCAGUGGGAACAACCUGGGGCCCCUUUGCUGGCAAAAUGGACCUGAAUAAUAACUCCUUGAAGACAAAAGCUCAGGUCCCCAUGGUGCUGACUGCUGGUCCCAAGUGGCUUCUGGAUGUGACUUGCCAAGGAGUGGAGGACAGCAAGAACAACUGCAUUGUGUACAGCAAAGGGGGCCAGCUUUGGUGCACCACUACGAAGGCCAUCUCAGAGGGUGAAGAGCUCAUUGCCUUUGUGGUAGAUUUUGACUCAAGGCUACAAGCUGCCAGUCAGAUGACUCUCACAGAAGGGAUGUACCCGGCCCGUCUGUUGGACUCAAUUCAGCUGCUUCCUCAGCAAGCUGCCAUGGCUUCUAUUUUGCCCACAGCUAUUGUCAAUAAGGACAUCUUCCCUUGCAAAUCCUGCGGCAUCUGGUACCGGAGCGAGAGGAACCUGCAAGCCCAUCUGAUGUACUACUGCAGCGGGCGGCAGAGAGAGGCUGCUCCAGUGUCUGAAGAAAAUGAAGACAACGCUCAUCAGAUUGCCAGCCUGUGCCCCUUCCCACAAUGCACCAAGAGCUUCUCCAAUGCCCGAGCUCUAGAAAUGCACCUGAACUCACACAGUGGAGUGAAAAUUGAAGAGUUCCUGCCUCCAGGGGCAAGUUUAAAAUGCACGGUCUGUAGCUACACAGCUGAUUCCGUGAUCAACUUCCACCAACAUCUCUUCUCCCAUCUUACUCAAGCUGCCUUCAGAUGCAACCACUGCCACUUUGGCUUCCAGACUCAGCGGGAGUUACUGCAACACCAGGACCUCCAUGUCCCCGGUGGCAAGCUUCCCAGAGAAGGCGACAUGGAGCACUCUCCAAGUGGAACUGAAGACAGCUUACAGCCAGGCACAGACUUGUUGGCCAGAAGCGACCUCUCCCAGAGCCAAAAGGCCUUGCAGACUAAAGAUGCAAGCUCAGACACAGAACUGGAUAAGUGUGAGAAAAAGACUCAGCUCUUUCUCACCAACCAGAGACCAGAGAUGCAGCCUGCAGCAAACAAACAAAGCUUUUCUUACACAAAAAUAAAGUCUGAGCCUUCCAGCCCACGACUCGCUUCGUCUCCAGUGCAACCCAACAUCGGGCCCUCUUUCCCUGUAGGACCUUUCCUAUCUCAGUUUGCUUUCCCCCAAGACAUCACGAUGGUCCCUCAGGCUUCAGAGAUCUUAGCUAAGAUGUCGGAGCUGGUGCAUCGGCGACUGAGACACGGGAGUAGCAGCUAUCCUCCCGUAAUUUACAGCCCUUUGAUGCCCAAAGGGGCUACAUGCUUUGAGUGUAACAUAACAUUCAAUAACUUGGAUAACUACCUAGUUCAUAAAAAACACUACUGCAGUAGCCGAUGGCAGCAGAUGGCCAAGUCCCCUGAGUUUCCCGGUGUUUCAGAGAAGAUGCCUGAAGCUGUCAGUCCCAACACUGGCCAGGCUUCCAUAAACCUUCUCAACCCAGCUGCUCAUUCUUCAGACCCGGAAACGCCACUUCUUCAAACCCCGUGCAUCAACUCUUCCGCCGUCUUAGAUCUGAUUGGGCCAAAUGGCAAAGGCCAUGAGAAGGACUUUAACACUCCAGCCAAAAAGCUGUCCACCUCCAACAGCAACGACGACAAAAUAAAUGGGAAGCCAGUUGAUGUGAAAAAUCCCAACGGCCCCUUAGUAGACGGAGAAAGUGACCCAAAUAAGACUACCUGUGAAGCUUGUAACAUCACCUUCAGCAGGCACGAAACAUACAUGGUCCACAAACAGUAUUACUGUGCGACCCGCCAUGACCCGCCGCUAAAGAGGUCCGCUUCCAACAAAGUGCCGGCCAUGCAGAGAACCAUGCGCACACGCAAGCGAAGAAAGAUGUACGAGAUGUGCCUACCUGAGCAGGAGCAAAGGCCGCCCCUGGUCCAGCAGAGAUUUCUCGACGUAGGCAACCUCAGCAAUCCUUGUAGCUCCUCUCAAGAGCCCACCGAGGGGCUAGGAGAAUGCUACCACCCGAGAUGCGACAUCUUCCCAGGAAUUGUCUCAAAGCACUUGGAAACUUCGUUGGCCAUGAACAAAUGUGUUCCGGUUCCCAAAUGUGACACGACCCAUUCCAGUGUCUCCUGCUUGGAAAUGGACGUCCCCAUAGAUCUCAGCAAAAAGUGUUUAUCGCAGUCCGAGCGGACGACGGCGUCUCCCAAAAGGCUGCUAGAUUACCACGAGUGCACCGUGUGCAAGAUCAGCUUCAAUAAGGUCGAGAACUACCUGGCCCACAAGCAGAAUUUCUGCCCGGUCACCGCACAUCAGCGUAACGACCUAAGUCAGCUUGAUGGCAAGGUAUUUCCCAAUCCAGAAAGCGAACGCAACAGCCCCGACGUCGGCUUUGAAAGAAACCUGGUCAGAUGUGAGAAGAACGGGAAUCCGAAGCAGCCCUCUCCCAACGGAAAUUUGUUCUCGUCCCAUUUAGCAACUUUACAAGGUCUGAAAGUCUUCAGCGAAGCCGCACAGCUCAUCGCUACAAAAGAAGAGAACAAACAUCUAUUUCUUCCCCAAUGCCUUUACCCUGGAGCAAUAAAGAAGACGAAAGGAGCCGACCAGCUUUCUCCAUACUACGGCAUAAAGCCAAGCGAUUAUAUCUCUGGUUCUCUGGUCAUCCACAACACCGAUGCAGAACAAAGCACAAACGCAGAAAAUGAGUCUCCGAAAGGCCAGGCUUCCUCAAACGGGUGCGCCGUGCCCAAGAAAGAUUCUCUGCCGCUCUUGCCCAAAAACAGAGGCAUGGUCAUAGUGAACGGUGGACUGAAGCAAGAUGAAAGGCCUCCAGCCAACCCGCAGCAAGAGAACAUUUCCCAGAAUGCCCAGCACGACGAUGACCACAAAUCCCCUUCGUGGAUCUCUGAAAACCCAUUAGCUGCAAACGAGAAUGUCUCGCCAGGAAUUCCCUCGGCAGAAGAACAGUUGUCUAGCAUAGCAAAAGGAGUGAAUGGCUCCACCCAGGCUCCCGGCAGUGGGAAAUACUGCCGGCUAUGUGAUAUCCAGUUCAAUAACCUUUCAAACUUUAUAACUCACAAGAAGUUUUAUUGCUCGUCACAUGCAGCAGAACAUGUCAAGUGAACUAACUGAGUUAAAAGGGAAAGCAGUUACCUUUGGUACCAGUGUUUAGUAUGUUCUUCUAAACAGUCCAGAAAACAAAGGCGCUGUGUGAAUUACAUCUGGCAAUCAGGAGACAUUCAUUAUGACUGAGUUGAAGACUUAAGAUGUAAUUUCAUUACAGACCAUUAGUAAAGUGUAUUAU